CAACUUAGUACUCACACAGACCCCAAUCAAAAAACCCAGUCCGACAAAAUUGCCAGAAUUUUUUUUUUUUUUUGAACAAGCAGAAAAAGAUGCCAGAAUUUUAUUGAAAUUGUUUAUUAGCUUACAAACAUAGAAGUGUUUUAAGGGUCAUGAACAUCAUAAAGAAAAAAAUCAACAGCAGUUUUUCAAUGGUGCAACAAUCCAUGCUCGUGCUCUUGCGCUUGAUGCCGGAGAACGGUGAACUUGCAAGCUUUUCAACAAUGCCGGUUAUGUCUCCUAAAAUUCAUCAUCUUCAUCCUGAAAACAAGAAGGGUUUUAUUUGUUUUUCAAGGAAGCAGCAUAAAGAUGCAAUGGGUGGAAAAAAAUCUCUCAACAAAAUAAGCUUUUAGGACCACCAUAAUCACUUCCCGUCCAAAAUAAAUUUCCAUGGGUGUUGCUAGCUAAGACAGCAAAAGUACGAGGAUUUUACAAAGAUUCAACGUCAAAUCUCCUUUUGCUCCUUCUUAGGAUUGGAUCAAAUGUGAGAGAAUUUAACUAGACCAAAUCUAUCUUCGUUGCCCAGAAAGGAGAACAGAACAUGUACGAGGUGUUGUUAGAAAUAAAGUCAGUGAAAAAGAGAGACAGAUUUAAACAAAAACUCAUGAAAGAUGGUGGAAAGAGGGGUCAGUGCAAGAAAUGGUGGCGGCAGGUAUGUAACGAGAAGGAAGACAAGAUGGACUGAAUUUGUUUUGCAAUGGAAAAUGGGGUGUAAAGUGGGGGCAUCAUAGAAUUACCACGCUUGAGCUAUUUGGCCUUGGAUGUCUCAUUUGAUAUUAAGUUUAAAGAUUUGUCGUGGUUCACGUCGAAAAGUUGUUUCUCAACCCUCUCUGUUUUGCCAUUUUUCGUUUUAGAUUCCAAAAUGAUGAAAUAGUUGUCAAGGACUUUCGAUGUUGCAAAACAUUUUUUGAAUUAAACCAUUAAAAAUGACAUGAAUAGAAAUGGAAAUAAAUCUGGAUAUCAAAU